CCUCGACACUUCUCUGUUUCCUCAUCCAUAAAAACUCUAGCUGCACGCACACACACACACAGUUUUUCAUAAAACUGCCCAGGUGGGUCUGUCAGAGGAGACCUGGGUCCCUGGACAGAGAAGUCUGGACCUGUAUGGAGUCUACCCUCCUCAAAGCUCCAGGUGGAGCAGGCGCUGCAGGUGUCCAGCAGCCAGCAACGGCCCCGCCUGGUGGUUUGCAGCCCCUCGCUGAGGUAGCCGAACCUGCAGGCCUGGGAGAUAAGAGUCAAACUGGACACCCCUCAGGAGCAGGAGAUGGACAGGAGCUUUACUCAUUUGACAGCUCUCUGUCCUCUUCAGAAAGCGAGGAUGAGGGUAUUGGCAAGAAAGAGAAGAAAAAGAAGAAAGUAAAGAAGAAGAAGAAAGAUUCCAGCUCCUCCUCAUCUUCAUCUUCAUCCUCAUCCUCAUCCUCAUCCUCCUCUUCUUCAUCCUCUUCCUCCAGCAGCUCUUCAGACAGUGACAGUGAGGAUGACAAGAAGAAGAAGAAGAAAAAGGACAAGAAGAAGAAAAAGGAUGAGGAGAAAGAGUAUGUUUGGGACAAUGUCAUCAUAUCUCAUGUUGGUUCCGAUGGACAAGUGGAACAGGUUUCUGGAGAGGGUCUGAUCAAGUGCCAGGAUUUGGGCUCAUCAGAUGAUGACGAUGACAAGAAGAAAGAAAAGAAGAAGAAGAAGAAGAAGGACAAGAAGAAGAAAAAGAAGAAGAAGAAAUCAUCCUCAUCCUCAUCUGACAGUUCAUCAUCUGACAGUGAGGAUGAAAAGAAGAAGAAAAAGAAGAAGAAGAAAAAGAAGAAGAAGAAUAAGAAGAAGGACUCGAGCUCCUCUUCCUCAGAUAGCUCCUCCUCUUCAUCUUCGUCUUCUGACAGCGAAGAUGACAAGAAGAAGAAGAAAAAGAAGAAAAAGGAUAAGAAGAAGAAGAAAAAGAAAGACAAGAAAAAGGAUUCCAGCUCUUCAUCUUCAUCCUCAUCUUCAGACAGUGAUGAAGAUAAGAAGAAAAAGAAGAAGAAGAAGAAGGACAAGAAAAAGAAGAAGAAGAAGGAUAAGAAAAUGGAUGAAGAGAAGAGUGAGCUUAGCAGUGUUACUGGCGUUUCAGCAGCUGGUGGCGAGACCACAGGAACCAGCGCUGACGGAGAUAAAAAGAAAGAUGAAGAUGCUGACAAGGCCAAGGCCAAAGAGCUUAAAGCUGCAGGAGCUUCGGCUGCAGGGGGAGCAGAGGCAUUCCCUGAUACUAUUGAGGAAGGCCACCUGAGUGAUGAUGAGGGAGAAGGAGGCAAUGAGAUGGAUAAGAAGAAGAAGUUAAAGAAGAAGAAGAAAAAGGACUGUGGUUCAUCUUCAGACAGUGAUGAUGACAAAAAAGAUAAGAAGAAGAAAAAGAAGAAGAAGAAGGAAAAGGACUCCUCCAGCUCCUCUUCAUCUGAUAGCUCCUCUUCAGACAGUGAAGAUGACAAGAAGAAGAAGAAGAAGAAAAAGAAGAAGAAGAAGGUGAAGAAGAAGAAGGAUAAGGAUUCCAGCUCUUCCUCCUCCUCUUCCUCCUCCUCUGAUAGUGAAGAUGACAAGAAGAAGAAGAAGAAGAAGAAGAAGAAGAAGAAGAAGAAGUCCUGCUCUUCUGAUGAUAGCUCUUCUUCUUCCUCAUCCUCUUCUUCCUCUGAGAGCGAAGAUGACAAGAAAAAGAAGAAAAAGAAAAAGAAGAAGGAUAAGAAGAAGAAGAAGAAGAAAAAGAAGGAUUCUUCUUCUUCUUCUGACUCCUCCAGUGAUUCUUCUAGUGAUGAUGACAAGAAGAAAAAGAAGAAGAAGAAAAAGGAUAAAAAGAAGAAGAAAAAGAAAGACAAGAAAAAGGACUCAGAUUCUUCUAGCAGUGAUGAUGACAAGAAGAAGAAAAAGAAGAAGAAGAAAGACAAGAAGAAGAAAAAGAAGAAGGACAAAAAGAAGGACUCAAGCUCCAGUUCAUCGAGUUCCUCUGAUAGUUCCAGUGACAAGGAAAAUAAAAAGGAGAAGAAGGACAAAAAGAAGAAGAAGAAAAAGACUUCGGGUUCAUCAGGAAGUGAAACUGUGGAGAAGAAGAAGAUUGAAAGCCCAGACGGUGAGCAAAGUGGCGAGCCGAAAAUGGAAGUUUCAGGUUCAGGUAGUGGUGGACUUUCUGCUAGCAGCAGCAGCAGUUCCAAGCCUGGCGGUACUACAGCCUCCUACGUGCCACUCCCCUCUAAACCCGUGUUGAAGCUGGAUCCUCUUCCUCCCUCACCUGUCUACAAGCCCUCUGUCUCUGGCUCCUCACUGAGUAUUGGGGAAAGGUCCCCCAUUCGCAGACCUGUCAGCCCCAUGGAGUCCCUGAUGGGGAGCCCAAGGAGGUUUGGAGAUGGAGGGACCCGUUCCACUACCCACCUCACCUCAAGUGAUCUACUGAGAGGCCCCAAACCUUACCAAUGAUGACAUGUCAUAGAUUAAAAUAAUAAUGUUAACGAUUUUUAAAAAGUGUGUUUUAAUGACAUUGGAGGAAGUUGAAUGUGAUGAUGAGCUAUGCUCCAAUGAUGCUGUCAGUGCCCUGAUUUUAUGCAAGAAAAAGAUUCACAUGUGGUGUGUUUUGUGUUCAAGAUAAUUUUACAUGAAAAAUUAUUUUAUAUUUUUUUUGAACUGGUAAGAAAGGAAAGGAAAGGAGAUCUGUGGAGGAAAUGUCAAUUCACAAUCACAUGAAAUAAUUUCAAAUGCUUGCUUUGGGGAAUAAAACUGUGAUUUUAUCUGUUUUGUUUCUUGUGCCUGUUGUUGUUAUUAUUAUGACUUUAACAUAUGGUGAAUUCAAGUACUCCUACAUCUCAGGUUCUUCAGGUGCAGAGCAGGAAAUAACUAAUUUAUAUUGCCCCAUAGCAUCUGGAUGUAAAGGGAAAUUAGAGUCAAAAGAUUAAGAAUCAACAAAUUAUUUUACUAUUUAUUUUAAUUAUUUUUAAAUAACUGGAAAUGACUUCAUAAUUUUUCUGAUAAUACUUAGGUUUAGUAGGCAGGCUACAACUUUUAAUGCAAGUAUCAACGGCAGUUACUUAUUUCGAUACUCUGGUAUUUCCGCCUGCACAUGAACGUAGCUCCCCUGCUGUAAAUGAACGGAGAGUACAUGAACCUUGAACGUUUAACCCAGGAGCAGAGGUGGAUAAGGGGCGUGGUUCGGUUAGGUCACGGUCACGUGUAUUAGGUGCGGUCGAUCCAGAUUUCCUGUGUGUGAGAAACGCAGCCUGUCAGUGUUUGUUGUCACUUGUUUGGAAAAGCGCAUGAGGAGCAGUCAGAAUGGAUUUCAAUCUGUCAUCAGCUUUAGAUAAGAAUGAAGAGGUGGUGAAGAGUGAGGAGGCUCAGAAGGAUGAGUUUAGUUGGCCCUGGAACAAGAACAAGGAUAAGGAUAAGAGCGACAGUAAGGACAAGUGUGGAAGUAAGGACAAGUGUGGAAGUAAGCACAAGUCUGACAAGAAGCAUAAGUCUGACAGAAAGGAUAAGAGCAAAGAUGGCGACAAGAAGGACAAGAAGAAAAAGAACAAGGAGGGAGGAUCAAGCACUUCAUCCUCAUCUUCCUCAUCCUCCUCCAGCAGUGAUGAGGACUGAUGCUUCCUGAGGGCCAGGACUGCUCUGUUAGUCUCUUAUGAUCUUGUCCAUUGACAAAGUGAAUGUGUGUGUGUGUGUGUUUGUGUGUGUAUGCAAUUGUACCAACUUUUCUUCUUGUCUCGUCACUGGUGUCACAGAAACAUAAUGGUUUUGUGUAAACAAAUCUGCUAAUUCCUAGAAGUAAAUGUUCAACAACAAACCAGCAA